AUGGCCUCAUCUAAUAACCCAUCCCAGGGCCCAUUUCUUAGUCCCGUCGUCGUGACGAAUCCAAGCGGAAGAGAGGUAAGUAAAACACCUAAUUACCCGCAAGUAUAUUGGGCGUCAAAUCUCAGAUUAACUUCUCAUCAGCGAUCUCUAUCUGUUUCAUCAGCUGCCGCAUCAUCAUCAGGGUCCAGCCCAACAGAUAAUGACCACAGUCCAACAUCACCCACAUCAUCUUUAUCGCCAGACAUGGCCUGGAAUCAAAAUUCAACCCAUCUGAUGGUACAUCAUGGCUCGUAUCGACCUGCAUCGUCGAUAGACGGCGAAACAUUACGUCCGCGCUCAGACUCGUUUGCAUCAACUGCGAACAUGACAGUUCGCUCGCGGGCGAACUCGGAAGUUGAUCCCUCUAUCGUUUCCAAGUACGACGAUGUCCCGCUGGCGGAGGCAUUAAAUCCAGACCCGCGCAACGAGGCGGACUUUCAAGUCGAUGAUAAUCGCUUUGCCUUCUCGCCGGGCCAGUUGAACAAGAUGCAAAACCCCAAGUCUUUGGCUGCAUUCCAUGCUCUGGGUGGGCUGCAGGGUCUUGAACGCGGCUUAAGAACUGAUCUUCAUGCUGGCUUGUCUGUCGACGAGGGCCGAUUGGAUGGGACUGUUGCUUUUCAGGAAGUGGCGCCACCCGUUUAUAAUAAGAGGCCGUCUAUAAGCAAGCCGGCGCUGGAUCACAAUCCUGUAAUGGCGUCGGCGACGGGUGGGGAUUCCUUUGAAGAUCGCAUUCGCGUCUUCAGUGCGAAUAAGCUGCCGGCGAGAAAAUCGACUGGCUUUUUCAAGCUGUUCUGGAUUGCUUAUAAUGACAAAAUUAUUAUACUUUUGACUAUUGCGGCUAUAGUUUCGUUGUCGCUGGGUAUUUAUGAGACGGUUUCGGGAGGCACGGGUGUGGACUGGGUUGAAGGUGUGGCUAUUUGUGUGGCAAUCUUAAUUGUUACCGUCGUGACUGCUGUCAAUGAUUGGCAGAAGGAACGACAAUUUGCGAAAUUGAACAAGCGGAAUGAUGACCGAGAGAUAAAAGUCGUCCGCUCUGGCAAGUCUAUGAUGAUAUCCGUCUACGAUAUUCUAGUCGGCGACGUGCUUCACCUGGAGCCGGAUGGCAUCUUGAUCUCAGGACACGGUGUCAAAUGCGACGAAUCAUCCGCCACUGGCGAGUCUGAUCAAAUGAAAAAGAUCGCUGGGCAGGAAGUAUGGCUGCAGAUUGUGGAGGGCCGGGCAACGAAGAAGCUCGAUCCCUUUCUGAUUUCCGGUAGCAAAGUUCUUGAAGGUGUCGGAACCUACCUUGUCACCAGUGUCGGGCCUUAUUCGACAUAUGGUCGGAUCAUGAUAUCCUUGCAAACGACUAAUGAUCCCACGCCGCUCCAGGUGAAACUGGGAAAGUUGGCCGACUGGAUUGGAUAUUUGGGUUCAGCAGCUGCUAUAAUACUUUUCUUUGUCCUUUUGUUCCGCUUCAUUGCCGAUCUUCCGAAUCAUCCGAAUGUUUCCCCUGCUGAGAAGGGUAAGGAAUUUGUAGAUAUCUUGAUUGUUGCGGUCACUGUCAUCGUCGUGGCCAUUCCAGAAGGUCUUCCAUUGGCUGUUACACUUGCCUUGGCCUUUGCUACAACCCGCAUGGUCAAGGAAAACAACCUUGUCCGUGUCCUUCGGGCUUGUGAGACAAUGGGCAACGCAACUGUUAUCUGCUCCGACAAAACAGGAACCCUGACACAAAACAAGAUGACAGUGGUUGCCGGUACCUGGGGCUCGGAUCAAAGCUUCAGCCAACCAUCUGAGGGUGAGACUGGCACCGAUGCCAUGAGCAUCUCAGAAGCCUUCCAGCGCUGCUCUGCUCCGGUAUGCGACCUUAUUACCAAAAGUGUUGCAUUGAACUCUACUGCUUUUGAAGAAGAUAAAGAUGGUAGUAAGGAAUACGUCGGAAGCAAGACUGAAGUUGCACUUCUUCAGCUAGCUAAGGAUUACUUGGGAAUGGAUCUCGCUUUGGAGCGUGGCUCUGCCGAGAUUGUCCAGCUUGUUCCCUUCGAUUCUGCACGCAAAUGUAUGGGUGUUGUUUACCGUCACCCUGGUGUUGGAUACCGCCUCUUGGUUAAGGGUGCAGCUGAAAUGAUGGUCGACGCCUGUUCUACUCUGAUCACAGGGAUCGACACGGCCAAGGAGUCCAUCCACACUGAGGGCCUCUCCGACCAGGAUAGACAGAAGAUCCUGGGAACCAUUGAUCGAUAUGCUCAGGGGUCCCUCCGCACUAUCGGAAUGGUUUAUGGCGACUUUGCAUCAUGGCCACCAAAGAAUGCUAAGAAGCUGGAGGACGACCAAUCUGCUGCCGACUUUGAUGAUGUCUUCCGCGACAUGACUUGGCUGGGAGUCGUGGGCAUUCAAGAUCCUCUUCGCCCUGAGGUCCCCGCUGCCAUUCGCAAGUGUCACUCGGCAGGAGUUCAGGUCAAGAUGGUUACUGGGGAUAACGUUGCCACCGCCACUGCCAUCGCGACUUCUUGCGGCAUCAAGACUGAAGAUGGAUUGGUCAUGGAAGGUCCCAAGUUCCGACAACUGUCGAAUGAGGAUAUGGAUAAAGUCAUUCCCCGUCUGCAAGUCCUGGCACGAUCUUCGCCUGAGGAUAAGCGCAUUCUUGUGGAACGACUCAAGGCCCUUGGCGAGACUGUUGCUGUCACUGGUGAUGGCACCAAUGACGGCCCUGCCCUGCGGACCGCGGAUGUUGGCUUCUCUAUGGGUAUUGCUGGUACCGAGGUUGCCAAGGAAGCAAGUUCAAUCAUCCUCCUGGAUGAUAACUUCCGUUCUAUCGUCACUGCCAUUUCUUGGGGACGUGCGGUCAAUGAUGCCGUGGCCAAGUUCCUACAGUUCCAGAUCACCGUCAACAUCACAGCUGUCACUUUGACUUUUGUGUCCUCUGUGUACAGCAGCUCAAAUAGCAGUGUUUUGAAUGCUGUGCAGCUGCUUUGGGUGAACCUGAUCAUGGACACAUUCGCUGCUCUUGCACUUGCUACCGAUGCCCCGACAGAGAAGAUCCUAGAUAGAAAGCCCGUGCCAAAAAGCGCCUCACUUUUCACUAUGACCAUGUGGAAAAUGAUUCUCGGCCAGGCAGUCUAUCAACUUGCUGUGACAUUUAUGCUUUAUUUCGCAGGCGACCAAUUGCUCGACGCACAACUCGACGCCAAUGACGCAGCACUUCGAUCAAAGCAGCUUUCAACCGUCGUCUUCAAUACUUUCGUCUGGAUGCAGAUCUUCAACGAAUUUAACAACCGCCGUCUGGACAACAAGUUCAAUAUUUUCGAAGGCAUGCUCAAAAAUUACUGGUUCAUGGGCAUCAACCUCAUCAUGAUCGGCGGCCAAGUCAUGAUCGUGUAUGUCGGCGGCCAGGCCUUUGGCGUGACUCGCAUAUCCGGUAUCCUCUGGGCUGUUUGUUUAAUCUGCGCACUAGGCUGUCUACCAUGGGCUGUGGUCCUGCGCAUGAUCCCCGACCGCCACUUUGGCGUUGUGUUCAAUGCGGUCGUUAACGGGAUGAACUUCAUAUUGAAUCCACUUUCUCGGGGCUUCAAGGCCCUUGUUCGUGGUAUGAAGGCUCUCUUCCGAACCCAUACCCCCAAUUCUCCUGUCUCGGAUGAGGAAGCUCUCCCUUCCACGAAAUUGGCUCACCUCGAGAGAUCUGAGCGCCCCCGGACACCACCCACUAUUGUGGUGCCUCCUAUUACUGUUACGACUUCUCCUUAG